AUGGUGAACCUCUCCAUGGACAGCAACGUGCUGGACUCGCCGGCCGACUCGCUGGACAUGCGCCAGCCGCCCUCGGGCUACAGCGCCAACGGAGACAGCAACCGCGGCGAGAGCAAGUUCUUCGCGCUCAGCAUGAGCGGCACCAACAUGGCCGGCAAGCACUCGCAGCUCGCCACGCCCUUCGUGUACGGCACGCCCGUGGACAAGAACUACAAGACGUGGCCCUUCCUGACCGUCGGAAUCUGCGCCGCCCUCGUCAUCUUCGCCAUCAUCUACCACGAGCUGCCCGAGUACCGCCUGGGCUUCCGCUACCAGCUCUACGUGCUCUUCGGCUCCUCGGUCAAGAACGCCGAGUGGGUCGGAGGCCACCGCGAGAUCGUCGAGUUCGUGGUCAACUACGUGCUCAUUGGCCUGCCCUUCAUGAUCGGCGGCAUGGCGCUCGCACUGGGAGACGCGCUGCCGCCUGUGCCGACUGGAGCGCACCGCACCGUCAUGCGCUUCCUGAAGCGUAAGAUCUUCGUCGGCACCAUCAAUAUCUCGUACGCCGAGUCCAUCUGCACAUUGGUCUUCCUCGGACUCAACGCCAUUUGGUUCUCCGCCGUGUUCUCGCGCAACUACGCCGAUCUCGUGGAGGCCGAUUCCACCGAUUCUUCGUCCGUGUUCCGGCUCGUGGGCAUGGUCUUCGGCUUCAACGCCGUGCUCUGCUUCUCGCUGCUGAUUAUCCCGGCCACACGGAACUCUUUCUGGAUGAUCUCCAUGGGCAUCGACUACUCGCACGCUAUCAAGUACCACCGCUGGAUUGGAUUCUUUACCGUGGCGAUGGUGGCGCUCCACGCUAUUCCGUACUACUACGCGUGGUUCAAGAGCGGCACGUUCCUGGAGUCGGCGUUCCCUUGCAUGGACUGUGACUACGGAACUGUGGGCAAGGCACGCCUGCAGAACUUCUGUGGCCAACUGGCCCUGCUGUGCUGUAUCGUCAUCGGAGUGACAUCGCUGAACCCGAUCCGCCGCAAGUACUACGACGUGUUCUACUACUGCCACCACCUCUUCAUUUUCGUGCUCUUCUUCAGCGCGCUGCACUUCUCGCAAUUCGUCAUUUGGAUGUACCCGGCCGUGUGCCUUUAUGUCAUGCACCGCAUCUUGGCUCGAAGCCAGAGCCGCAUGCCGUGUGAAGUCGUGGACCUGGAGGCCAUCCCCGGUGAGAUCACGCGUCUGGUCUUCCGCCGGUCGCCUGGCAAGUCGGGCCACUACCAUGCUGGUCAGUUCGUGUACCUUCGCAUUCCGCUGCUGUCGCACACUCAGUGGCACCCGUUCAGCAUCAGUUCGUCGCCGAUCGAGUACGAGGACACCUUCACGGUGCACGUCAAGUGUAUUGGUAACUGGACCAAGUCGCUGUACGCAGUGGCUAUUCAGGCGCGCGAGGAGCGCAAGAUGCCGCUCAUUUACGUCGAUGGCUUCUACGGCAAGAUGUCUGAUGACUUCCAGCACUACCCAGCGCUCGUGUUCGUGGCUGGUGGUAUUGGUGCGACGCCGAUCAUCAGCAUUGUUGGCAAGAUUCUGGACUGCAUGCGCAACAACGACCCGAACAUGGAGUUCACGCAGGUGUACUUCCACUGGACGUCACGUGAGAUCGGUAUCUUCCACGAGUUCGAACCUCUUCUGGAUGCUAUCGAGCAGUACGACCCGGAUCACGUCAAGUUCAAGGUUCGUCUGUGCUUCACGGGUGACCAGCACCUGGGCGGUGUGGACAUCCCCAACGGUAUUACGCUGAAGCCGAUGGACGACACGAGCAUGGUUCCGACGCGCCCGUUCUUCCAGUCGUCACGAUCGGUGCCUCGUCAGAUGCUGCUGUUCUUCGUGACGUUCACUUGCAGCUUCUGGUGCCUGUUCCUCAUCAGGUAUAACUACCCGAUUCUAGGCGAGCUGCGCGUCAACCAGAACAUGUGGCCGAUGCAGCGCGUCGUGGAGGUUCUCAUUAUGAUCGUUGGAGCCGCUGUGGGCUGGGCGGUGGCGUUCACUGAGCCCACUCCUCGAUCUAUGAGCCGGAUGGAGAAGUCGCGCCUGAUGCCCACUCUAGGCAGCUACGGUCCCCAGGAGACGAUGGCAAAUGUCGACCGCGACACGGACUACUCCCACUCGCUCUCGUUCGACGGACAGGAGGUUCAGUUCAACCACCCUGUGAGCCGCUCACGGUUGAACGUCAAGGAGCUGUUCAACGAGGUUGUGAAGGAGCAGUCGCACAACUUCGCCGUCAACAUCACUGGCAUUGGCACUUGGGUAUCAGGCCCCAUGGGUCUGAUUCAUGCCGUGGAGACGGAGGCCUCCAACUUCGCUGGCAUCUUCGAUGUGCACUAUGAGGAGUUCGAAAUGUAG